CAUAACUCCCGCCUCCUCUCCUCCCACGCGUUCACCAACCCGCCUCUGCUUGCCCAAUGCCCUGCUCCUUUCUGUGUGAGCUCACUUCUUCUUCUGCCUUUCCUUUGCUGAGAACUACUUCUGCUGCCCUAAAAAAAACGAAUCAUGGUCCAAGCUAAGACGUGGAUCCUGACCAAGCACUUUGACGGCUUCCCGAAGGACAGCGACUUUGAGCUCAAGGUGGAGGAGCUGCCUGCGCCAAAAGAUGGAGAGGUGCUUUUGGAAGCAGUGUUUCUCAGUGUGGACCCAUACAUGAGGCCUUUCAGUAGGGUUCGCAUGAAUGAAGGCGAUGUGAUGAUCGGAACUCAAGUAGCCAAAGUGAUUCAAAGUAACAACCCAGCAUUUCCUGUGGGAAGCCAUGUGGUUGGUCGUUGUGGCUGGAGGAGCCACACAGUCUGCGACGGGAUGGGUCUCGUUCCCAUCAUGCCAGAGUGGCCGCAAGACGUCUCGUUGUCUCUGGCUCUGGGUGCCAUCGGCAUGCCGGGAUUGACGGCUCUGUACGGGAUAGAAGAGAUUCUGGGCCUUCAGAAGGGCGAGACCCUGCUGGUGAAUGCUGCCGCGGGGGCCGUGGGCUCCAUGGUGGGCCAGAUUGCUAAAAUCAAGGGCUGUAAGGUGGUGGGGUCCGCAGGGACUGAUGCCAAGGUGGCUUUCCUCAAAGAACUGGGCUUCGACGAGGCCUUCAACUACAAGACUGUUGGUUCCAUGGAGGAGGCGCUGAAGAAAGCUUCUCCAGGCGGAUAUGACUGCUUCUUCGAAAACGUUGGAGGACUUUCUUCAAGUGUUGCCUUACAGCAGAUGAAGAACUUUGGAAGAAUUGCUGUGUGUGGAGCCAUUUCCACAUACAAUGACUCCACACCCCAAACAGGUCCAUUCCCCCACCUGACCAUGAUCUUCAAGCAGCUAAAGAUGGAGGGCUUCAUGCAGAGCAGGUGGGAGCACAAGAACCCCGAGUCCCUGAAGAGGCUGAUGGGAUGGUUGAAAGAGGGCAAACUGCAGUGUCGGGAGCACACCACAAAGGGCUUUGAGAAGAUGCCAGCUGCUUUCAUGGGGAUACUGCGGGGGGAAAACGUCGGCAAGGCUAUCGUCGCAGUCUGAUGUGGAGCAAAGAAGAAGAACCCGUGUUUAAUGAAACAUUAUUACAGGAUUCAUACAUGAAGGAUUAAUAGAGCUUAUAACCAACCAGAUAUGUGUAUACUAACAUGAUGUCCAUGGAAAAUGUGAUAUAUAGAAUGUGAGUUAAGACUGAAAAUAUACGUCCCCACAACAUAAGUUUACGAUACUGCACCACUAGGUCUUUUUAUUAAUGAUAAGGAUCAUACUUUUUGUUUCGCAUUUAAAGAAUAAAGACAAAUGGGACAAAGGUGUUCCAUUAAAUAAUUUGCAAGGCUAGCAACAAUUGAUUGAUUCAUCAAUUUUAAGAUUACUUCUACAACACAAUUGAGCAUGUAUUUGUCAUAUGCCCCUACAUGGUAACACACUAGUAUGUACUAAUAUAAAACACGUUUUGACCACUAUCCA